AUGCCGAAGCUUAAUCGCAAGAGUUAUUCUCAAAAGAAAAAAGAGUGGAUAAAUUACAUUCAUAAAACUAGGAAUGAAAGCAAUGAUAAAACCAAUAAUGAUAUUGAUCAAACUAUCAGAAUUAAUGAUGGUAAUAAUUUCGCAACAUCAAAUGAUCAUGGAAACAUUUAUAAUAUUGAUGGUGAAAAUAGUGACAAUCUUUGUAAAAUAAAUGUAGAUAACUCUGAUUGUGAUGAUAGUAAUUCAUCCGAAAAUAAUUCUGACGAGGAAGAACCUGUAAAUAUAGAAGAUGAGUCAACUCUUCUUAUGACUCAAGCUAUUGUCUUUGCUCCAGGUGAAGGUCAAAGUCCAGUUUCACUGUUUGAUGAGUAUGCUGAAGCGUUAAGUUUUAUUAAAAUUUAUGGUGGUAAAUUAGUUAAAAAACCACAACAUCUUACUUAUCAAAAUUGGAUUAAAUCUGAAAUAAUGAGAUCAGAUCGACGAUGUGCUACUAUUUUAAAAUUAUUUUUUUCCGCAUUAAAACUUUUACAAACAAACCAAAACAGUUGA